CAGGGGACGGGUGGCCCCAGCAGCGAGUGACAGCGAGUGCCCAUGGCCGGGGACACCGGGAUGGCCGGGAAGGUGGCGCUGCUGCUGUGGGCCCAGACCGUGUUCCUCGCUGGUGCCACCCAGCUCCUGGUGCAGCCCCCCUGGACUCCGGCGGUGCUGUGGGACCGGGUGACACUGACCUGCCAGGGCUCGGGGACCGCCGGGGACACCCUCUGGUACAAGGAGGGGCGGCGCUGGGAGCCGGAGGGACGCGACAGCUUCACUGUCACCGAGAGUGGCAGCUACAGCUGUGAGAGACCCAGGGCUGGGUUCAGCCCCCGAGUGACGGUCUCAGAUGGUGAGAGGGGGUUUGGGUGUCCCCACCCCGGCACCCUCGGGGACACCAAGGGCUCGAGGUGGGCUGAGCUCCAUGGGUCACCCCCUGGUGUCACCAGAGCCUCCUCAAUCUCAGCUGCCUCAGCACCCCCAGCCCCCUGCGGCCCCCAGCCCCCCUCCUGUACCGCUUCUACCGGGACGGGCAGUCGGUGGGGGGCCCGCAGGGGUCCCCGCAGCUCCUGGUGCCCGCCGUGGGGGUCUCCCACUCGGGGAAUUACAGCUGCGAGGUGCGCUCCGAGGGGGGAACCGUGCGGAAGAGCAGCGCCCGGCUCGGCGUCACGGUGCGCAUGCCCGUGGCCGCUGGACACCCCUGGAGCUCAGGUGGGGUCACUCGGGGUCGUUGGGAUUGCAGGAGCCCUGCAGGGACAGGACUUUUACUCAGGCUCCUGA